UGUUUGCAGGGAUCCGGAUCUGUUUGCAAACAUCUAUAAGAAUCCCAUCCAAAGCACAUCAGUAUCGAUUUCUCUCUCUCUUUCUCCAUUGAUCAUGGCUUACAGCUGUAAAGAAUGCGGAGCUGAUUUGAAUCUGAACAGCGCCCAUCUCUUCCCUCCUGAUUUCUACUUCGAGGCUGGCAACAAAGGCACCCUUUCCUUCUCCCAUAUGGACCAAUCAAAGGUCAGACUCGAAAAGGAAGACAAGAUCAAGCCCUUCUUUGAAACCAUCAAUUACUGGGGCAUCCAAAGGAAGAGGACCCAAAUCAAGUGCAACAGCUGUGGCCAUCUCCUGGGCUACAUCUAUGAUGAUGGCCCACCUUUAACUAACAGUCCUGGGCAGUUCCACUUGGGUCCCAGCCAAGUCAUCCCAAGGGCUCCCAGGUAUAGGUUCAAGACCAAGGCUAUCGAUAUUUCAUCUUAUACCUAGCAAGAUUUUGUCUUUGUUAAAUAGUGGCAACUCGUUCUCGUCCUGUGGUACAUGUGUUUGUCGAUCUAGACCAUCCAAAUCAUGGGUCACAUUGGGGACUUUGCAUAGCCUGAAAAUCAAACUGAUCUGACCAUCUUAAACAUCUGAUUUGCCUUGUAAUUCUGAACAGCUGACCUUGUUUCAGCAGUCCUUUUGAUAGUUGGGGCGGUCCAAUUUUCAUAUAGUGUGAUCUAUCCAUGAUGGGACGCGUGAUGUUAAUGGUUUGGAUGAGCUUACACGUGUCUCACAUGUACAGUGGAGAGGUGGUGUCCACCUUGUGUGUGUUAUUAUAUCUUGCCUUGCUUUGUGACAAUGUUUUCUCGAUUCGAGCCAGUUGAUUUCAUAUUCCUUAAAUUUGCCCGAA